AUGACAGGAGAGCAUGGCAACGGUUUCGGCUCGGCCGAUUGGCUCGGAGUGGAGCAAACUUCGAGUCUAGAUCACGGGUACGGUUCCAAGUUUCGGGCUUGUGCGACCGCGAUCGAGCGCGCCUUCCCCGAAAUAGAAGUACUCGGCAACGCUAAGGGCAAGCCCAGGUCUGGGGCCUUUGAGGUCUCCUCUGAAGACGGCGUCGUCUUCUGGAGCAAGCUCGGAGGCGCUGGAUUCCCUGAUCCCGCGAAGCUGGUCGCCAAGCUGAAGACGGCCUUCGCGAGUGAGAAGGAGCAGUAA